AUGGCCGCUAAGAACUUCAUCCGCGAUCUUUCAGGAUAUCUUUUUGCGGGUAACUUGUCGGAUCUCACCUUGACCUUUGGCGAGAAGAGCUGGCAAAUCCACAAAGCUCUCGCGUGCUGUCACUCUAUAUGGUUUCAGAAGGCCAUCACCGCUGGCUUCGAAGAAUCUCAGAGCGGAGUGAUAACCUUGAAUGACGAUUCAGAGUUUGGCAAUGCCAUUGAUUGCAUGGUGUCAUAUUUCUACAAUGCCGGCUACAACGCCUCUCAAUACGACACGUCUGAACCCCUCCUUCAUGCACAAGUCGCUAUUGUUGCUGAUAAGUACGACUGCGCAUCGCUCUACAAGCUUGCAAGAGCUUCGUUCGCAAAUGCGGUAAACACGAUCGAGAAGCAUGACUGGAUUACUCUUGCUACCUUUGUCUACGACCAUACGAUGAUAGACUGGCUGCCUCAUCAGAAUUUGCGGGAUUUGAUCGUCGCUGCCGUUGCAAAUCGUCCCAGUGUGUUGAAAUCGAUUCUUGAAAUGGAAAACACGCCAGGACUCCUGCGUUCAACUUUGGAUCUAGCAACUGAUCUUCUACUUAGUAAGCCGAAUAUU